AUGAGUGCGGUGCUGGGCAACGUAAUUAAGACGACGGACACCCGAAUAAUCAUCGCCACAACAAUCACCACCACCACCACCACCACCACCACCACCACCACCACCACCACCGACAGUGGGAGCAACGAACCUACAAAUGAUGAUGGCGGUGGGACUAACUCAUGCGUCGGACUUCUGCAUGUGAUGGCCAUUCGCUUUAGAGUACGUUGCGAAAAAGCGAACCGAUUUGUCCGACUUCCCAAAUUGGAACUUGAUAUAUAUUCGGCUAAAACGCACAACCGUUAUGGUCGAAAACCGACAGCACAAAAUACUGCUUGUAGGCUAAAUGUCUAAUGAUUCUGACCGUUUUUCCGCUGAAGAAGAUCUGUCUCCACCCCGACGCUGGGAUCAGCCAGCGCGUUAGUUUGAAUAAGCCUCUCAUCGUAUUUUUAUGGAUUCGCGUGGUUGAGUUUUUCGUGGCGAUGUUUUGGGAUUGCAAUGUCCAUCGAUUGAUAUGAGGGGAAGCUAAGAGACAGUAAGCGAAGACGGCCUACUUGUACCUAGAAACAGUGGCCUGUGCGACCUUUCUCUUUACCAAAUAACACUCUGCUCACACAAGUGUUGCUCGGCACAGUCUGGGUCAAAAGUCCCUGACUAAUCAACGGAUAAGAGUCAAGUGCACUUCAGGAAGUUUUACUGUAAACUUACGCCUAACAACGCAUUCCCUCCCCUUGCACAAUGAGCUUCUGCACAUUCGGCAAGAUAUACGCAAGCAUUAACCGACAAAAUCAACAUGGAAACUUUGCGAAAAUGACUAAAGGCUCCCUUUUCCCACCUUUCAGAGCAGUUCAUCUUGCGCAAACUCGUCUCCCAUCUCGACAGCCUCCUCAAGCUACGAGAAGGUGAUCAAGGUGGAGUAG